GAGCUAUUAUUUAAAGCUGAUAACAGGAAGUUGAAUGCAGGCAAAUCCCCACCCACUAACAGCAUGGUUGCUGCUAAGGCAAGUGUAAAGAGAACAAAGAAAUGACAAGCAAGGCAGUGAAUAGUGCUGGUAGUAUUCCAAAGGGCAUACUUUCCCUGCUUGUGUGGCUUACGCGUGCUGGAAAAUAUCAAGUCCAGUUCAAUCUCUGAAACAUUAAGACUGUGGUGUUUGUUACUUGCAGUUUUCUGCAGAAUGUCUUGCACCUAUCUCAGAGCUGACACUGCAAGGGAUCCUAACCAGCAGAUGGCUUCCUGCUCUCACUUCUUCUGGACUCUUCGUUGUUCUUGAGUUAUUGGUGUUCAUAUAGAAUUGAGACCUUCCUCCACUAGCAACUGCACUCACCUUCCACCUCUUCAAGACUAGCAUGACUUCAUUCCCAGAAGAGCCAGUUGUGGCUUAAAAUAUAGCUGGCUUUUUCACACUCCAGCUGUGCUGAAUCCAAGAGGAGUUUGGUGCAGCUUGGACAAUGAAAGCCAAGACCAAGCAGUGGAAGCAGCUAGUACUGAUUGGGAUACUGGCAUGGGCACUCGUCUUCUUGCUGCUGUUUACAUAUUUCACAGACUCCAAAACAGAUGAGCGUCCAGCCAGCUCUUUCACAUUCACUGAGACAAGAAGGCUCUUCCCCGUACAGGGUAAACAGAGAGUCUUUAUGGGAGCUUUCCCAAAUCCAAAGGUCUCAGCAAGUCAAAGAGAAAAUAGCCUUUUCUUUGAGAAUGAUGAAGAUUCUGUGCAUUCAUUGCAUUUAGAUUCUUUGAAUGAUGGAAAUCUAAAAUGGAGCCAAGUGGAAGAAAAUGGUGAACUUCAAGUCAAGAUAAGAGUGAAGAAGAUGAAGAUUGGCACCGACCAGCACAUUCAACACAAGCUAAUAAAUACGCUAGUUAAAAUUGCUAAUGAUGGCAAUAUGUACGAGGAAACAAUUAUUCAAGAUACUAAAUCUAAACCUCACAAAAGGAUAUCAAAAAAUAAGCAAAAACAAAACUAUGAAGUAGACCCAUUUCUUGAAAAUCUAGAUUCCUUAGAGCUAGAGGACUUGGAGUUUUCAAAAUCCAGUUCAGUGCUUGCCAAUCUGUGGAGAGGAAAUGUUUCAUCUGGGAUGCUGAAUCCUCGUUUACGGAAAGCUAUGAAAGACUAUAUGAAUGAAAACAGACAUGGUGUCCAGUUUCAAAGGAAAAGUGGCAUGGAAAAGAUGAUUGGAGAAGAGCUUCUCUGUGAACUCAAAGACAAAAUCAAAGUAAGAACCCUCGAUGGGAAGGAGGCUCCAUUUUCUACAGCUAGAUGGAAAAAGCAUUUUCCUAAAAUACCACUGAACAAGAUCAGGACUAACACACAGGCCUACAGAAAUUGUGCUGUAGUCACAUCUGCUGGUUCAAUAUUGAAUUCCUCCCUUGGCGAAGAAAUAGAUUCCCAUGAUGCAGUGCUGAGAUUUAAUGCAGCUCCUACACAAGGUUACGAGAAGGAUGUUGGAAGUAAAACUACAAUCCGUGUUAUUAAUUCACAAAUUCUUGUUAACCCAGAGCACAAAUUUAAUAAUAACAUACUAUUUAAGAAUGUGGUUUUGGUGGCCUGGGAUCCUGCACCAUACUCAGUAAACCUCCUUAAGUGGUACAAGAAACCAGAUUACAACCUGUUCCUGCCCUAUUUGCGAUAUAGAAGAAAGAAUCCUGACCAGCUCUUCUACAUUCUUCAUCCAAAGUUUGUCUGGCAGCUUUGGGAUGUAAUUCAGGAAAACACUCAGGAAACCAUACAGCCAAACCCUCCCUCCUCUGGCUUCAUUGGAAUCCUUAUCAUGAUGUCGUUGUGUGACAAUGUCAAUAUCUACGAGUAUAUCCCUUCCAUCAGACAGACAGAUCUCUGUCACUACCAUGAGCGAUACUAUGAUGCUGCCUGUACCUUGGGUGCCUACCACCCUUUGCUUUAUGAGAAACUUUUGGUACAACGCAUGAAUAAAGGAAUGGAAGCAGACUUAUAUACAAAAGGAAAGGUUAUUCUGCCUGGCUUUGGUACCAUGAAAUGUUCUGGAGAAUAAUGAACUUUGUGCUGCUGGCUAAGUACUGCAAUACAGAAUGUGAUAGUAUGGCAAAGCCUGAAAGAUACUUGAAAUGACAAGUUAGGACAAAUUUCAGGGUAAAGGCAAGCUAAUGAGCCAUUAACAACAAAACAAUCCUACUGCAUCAUCAUGAAGCUUUUGUACCUCACGUAUAUUGCAACACAUUAUUCUUAAGCAAGUAAAGUCAAAUUUCAGAUUAAGACCACAGACUUAAAGAACUUCCAUUUCCUCCUGUGCCAAUACUAACAGUUGUUUGAAUAGGGCCUGUAUGCUUUAAUAAAAAUGGUGGUUAGUUUUGCUGUAACACUGCUUAAGUUAUAUUGUCAGCAAUUACAUUUCUUAUUUAAGCUCAGUGGCAAUUACCAUCAGAAGUUAAGUUUUGCUUUGUGGAUUACUUUGCAGCGAGUAGCAGUCUCUUUUGGCAAACAUGUGUCUCCUCAAGUUCACUAUAAAUGGCAGGAACAUAGAAUUUAGUAAAAUAUGUGGCUGAGUUGUUUGUGAUUUAUUCACAUUUCUGCUCAGCUGAUAACAGUUUAGUUUUGAUAGUCUAAAUAGAAACCUAGUUAACAUUCAAACAAAAAACACCAAUAUAAAUGUAAAAAUAUAAAAAAUAUGCAGAGGAAUAUUUAAAUAUUGUGCCAGCAAAUGUAUGGAACUAAUAUUGUUGAAUUUUUAAGUACCAUGGCUUUACUAAAUUUCAUUAUUUCCUCUUGAGCGCCAAUGUUUUGAAUAAUUUGCUGUGUGAACUUAAAUCUCCUUGUUACUCUGAAUGUAACUUUUUACUGUUGCUGCAGCUCAUUAAAACCUACAGCACAUCAAGCCAAAGUCCCUUGCCAAACAUAAGAGUGAGUUGGAGUUCUGAAUACCUCACCAUUAUGGGAUGUUAUUCAAACCUAUAACAGCCACUCAAGUUACAAUCCUCAGCUAUGUUCCAUGAUGGGCUGGAGUAGGUUGGGGCUUCUGGGAUUCCAGUGGAAGGCAAACAUUUCUUCGGUGAAAUGAGAAACUGGUGAACUAAUAACUGACUUUGUCUGAUCCUGUUUAUAUUCUAAGAAGUGUCACUAUAGAUGCCUCAGCAGACCUAUAGGAAGUUUUGUAGGAAACGUUAACCACUUUACUAAAGAGGUGCAAAAUGUUUCCUCAACAUAUUGCAAUUAUGAACCUUUAAGUCUUACAUAUAUCCUAGUUGAUGCUCUGCAAUCACAAAGCUGAUAAAAUCUAAUUAUUAAGACUUUGUCUCACUGAAGAAGCUUUAGGUGAAUCUGCAUCCAAUAUCCUGAUCGGAAAACCCUAUUUAUAUUUUGACAGCGGUGAUAAAUUCCACCACAAUAAUUGAGACAAGCCACAACAUUCUAAAACAACCAACAGCAUUCUAAAUAAAUCAACCCAUAUCAUUUGAAAAAAUUCAUCAUACGCUAUUGUACAAAGUUAGAGAUCAUUUAAAAAUUCAGGAUUUGAAUUCAGAACAACCUCUUUGCUAAAAAUCAUUCAAUCAAUCAGUUCUUUCACUAACCAUAUCCUGGCUGUGCAAUAAAUGAUUAUGAAAUCUGUCCAUUAGGUUUUGAGAUAUAUAGUGUACAGUCAAAUAGCUUGAUAAACAAGGAUGGAAAACUUACCUCUGCCCUCUGAUGUAACUAAAAUGCCAUUAAAUGUGAGUAUUCCCUCUGCCCUCCAUCAGUGGUGUAGCAUAAACUGGAAAUAUAUAGCCAAAAACAGCCAUUUGUUAUUUGGUUUCAGAAUUAAGGUCUAAAUAUUUAAUAAUUAAUAAUUAAUAACUUAAUACCAUGACAGCAAAAAAAAGAUCCUAUUGCAUUAUAGGAUAUACCUUUAGCACAAGAUUAGUUGAAAAACUAACUUUUACUGGAUAAAUUAGUUGCUUCUGGGGAUUAAAAGUUACCGUAUUCCUACUUCCUCACUAAUGAAUUGGAAAAGAAAUUGGACACCAGGUAAACUGGGCUGCUGAUUCACCAUGAGCUCAUUCCACACUACUGGUAAAGAUCCAUUUCAUCUCUUAGGAACUUGGUUUGUAAUCAAAUAAUUUUUUUAAUGCCAGGUUACACUUCGACAUUAUGCCCUCUUAUCCUUAUUAAAUAUAAUGAUUGGAACUUACCUUUGGCUUGAACAUAAAAGGGGUCAAGAUAAGCCACCAAAGCAAAUUUCUAAUCUGUCUGUAAAUGUUCCUUUUCACAUCCAGUCCAAGUUUUGGCAUUAUCCAUGGAAUGUGUAUCUGUCAUGAUAUAGCAGCAUGCAAUGUGCUGUCGUUUUAAAUUUUGCCCAGAAAUGUUAGUUUAUAUGGGACACCAUUUAUGCCUGCAUAAUGUGGAACCUGGUUUAUCAUUUGAAAUCUGUUUUGAGAAUAUAUUUUUAUUAAACAAUUAAGAUAAGUUAUUAGAAUUAAAACAUGCACAUAGCAUGGAAAGUUUACAACUGAGAGUCAGUCUUGGGAUACAGCCAGAUGUAAUUUAGGUUAAUCUGGAGGUCCAACGCAGAGAAAAGCAAAAAAUGGGAAGGUUAAAAUAUAAUUUUUGUGAGGGCACAAUGUUCUUUCAGGUUCCAUAACAAUAAUUUUUUUUCAGACCAUGGGUUAUGGGCUAUGAAGCAAGGGGCUGGCAAAAUAGAGGGGAGUCAGGUGACAACAGCUCCUUGUGCAGACUCAUUGCCAAAGUCUUUUCCCAACAGGAGAACCAGUUGCAGAGAAACUGCAUAUUCCAAGGAGGCAGGAAGCCAAUUUGUUUACAUAAAGGCCUUACAGGCCAGUUUACAGAGUACCAGGCAUUUUGUAGAGCCUGGCCUUGGAAGGUCACUACCUAAAUGGAAGCAGCUUCCCUGCAGCUGCUUAAGGGGGUUAUUGGAGCAGCAGGCUACAUUGCCCAAAGAGGGCGCUGGAAAACUGAAUAGUUUCAGUCUGAGUAAAGGUACUCUAAUGUCUGACUACAAAGCACACACUUGAUGGGUAAGCUGCCUCCUAAGCUGCAUAUACAGACCACCAGUUAGUUGCUUUGUCCAGAAAAACCAACAGGCAGGAGAGAAAGCUCAAGCAGCUGAAAUGUUGCUACCUUUCAUUUACCAUCAAUGACUGUCCUUUGAUUAAAGGUCUACACAGGGUCAGAACAGAUGCAGUCCUACUUUCAGCUGCCUGAAAAGCUGCAGAGAUUUACCUAUUCAGACUUUGUUCAAGUAUAAUUUAUAUACUUUGCAUGUGUCAGGUGGAUUUACAUACGUUCAUCAGGAUCCCAAUUGCCUUAAAAGGAACACCUCAUAUCCCUACUAACCUAGCAGUGCCAACUCAUGCUUCCCACCCACCAGCUUCUGAAUUACAAUCUGUGCCAACUCACCCAGUAUCACCACAGACAUACAUCAGGAUCCAUGCUGAUAUUUAGAAAAUCAGGUUUGAUUUAUAAAUUCACUAUUAAAAGAAAUUCUGAAUCAAUCCUAUUUACUGCAACUAAGUUUAUUCAAUAGCAACCUUCAUAAGAACAAUAAAAAUACUUUAUAAGCACUUGGAGCUGCCAAUCAAACUGUGAACUGACAGUAAACCCACUGUGAUGGAAGGUUGAGAGAUCAGUCAUGCAGCACAAAUUUUUAGUAGUGGCCAUCAAGCUUAUGUCAACAGAACAAAAAAUUGUUUGCACUGCAAGCAGCUUUUUAUCCAAAAAAGUUGGAUUUAAUUUGCCAGCUUGACAGAUUCAAUUAAUUUGACAGUUCCCUAGAUAGCUUGAUAGUUCCAAGGAGCGUUUCCACUUUUUAUACAUAUUCCUGUCUAUUGUUAGCCACCAAGAGACUUGAUGUCUCCUAAAGGGCACUUUAUUGCUCUACCUUUUGUAGGUAUCAAAUGAUAUUAUACCUCUCCUAAUAACUGACAGCUUUACAACUUUGCCUAGAAAGUGUAAAACCAACAAGUCAUGUUGUAUAUACCACAGUGAAAAUGGUGAUGCAGGAUUUGAGGGCAAGAUUUCCAGAAUCAGGUUUCCAUGACCAUGUUGGUGAAAUCACAUACUCUCUCAACCUUUACGAAAAUUCAUGCCAGAAUUGGUCACAGUGGUACUAGCCAUAGGUGUAUUAUUGUAACCAAUCGUACUACAAAAAACCCACAAUUUUAUCUUAUGGUUCAUUCUCAGAAAUUGCAUUGUAAUUGCUGAAGAGUUGUUCAGUCAAAUUCUUAACUACUAUUCACUAGAGUAAAAAAACAAGCCUGACAUUUGUGCCUACAGUGAACGAGUGAAAAAAACUUCCAAGGCUAUCUGAAAAUCAGACUGUGCAUUUGCAUAUGCUAUGAAGAUGUUAUUAUUCUUAGUAAUAUAUGUCUUCUGUUGCUGUACUGAUAGAAAUGCUUAUUUAUGCAUUUACACUACUGUUUGACCAAAGGUUUGACUUGGAGACUUCUAUGAUUGUUAUUUCAAGAUAUCUCUUCUUCAUUUCAGCUGCUAUUUUCUGCAAUGCAUUCAUUUUAUUCUCUUUUAUAAAACUAAUGUAUAAACAUGACUACUGGCAAAAUUAGUGGAUAUAAUCUUAAUACAUGCAUAUGAAAUCAUUUAAAUCAGAAUCACACAGCGUGGAAACAGGCCCUUCAGUCCAAUUAGUCCACACCAACCAUGUUCCCCAAACUAAACUAGUCCCAA